UCUGUGUCUGUGAAACAGUGACUGUGAUAAUAUUAUUGACUAUCGUCUACAUUUACUAUUAUUUACUUUGUGCCGUUGUGCGUUUAACCGCCGAAUCUUUGGGUUGUAAUAAAAUCGAUAAAUAAGCGGUGUAAUUUUCAUUUUCUAAGUAGGUGCCUAAUUUGUCUAUCUAUUAAAAAGCGUCUCACUAGCUUGACAAGAAAGAUGCCGAACAUUAAAUUGCAGUCGUCCGAUAAUGAAAUAUUCGAUGUCGAUGUCGAGAUCGCCAAAUGCUCUGUUACAAUUAAAACAAUGUUGGAAGAUUUGGGCAUGGAUGACGACGAAGAAGAAGUCGUUCCUCUGCCAAAUGUAAAUUCAGCUAUAUUAAAAAAAGUAAUUCAGUGGGCGACGUAUCAUAAAGACGACCCGCCGCUACCCGAAGACGACGAAAACAAGGAGAAACGAACAGAUGAUAUAUCUUCUUGGGACGCGGAUUUUCUGAAAGUUGAUCAAGGCACAUUGUUCGAGCUAAUUUUAGCGGCCAACUAUUUAGACAUCAAGGGAUUAUUAGAUGUGACUUGUAAAACUGUAGCUAACAUGAUUAAAGGAAAAACACCAGAAGAAAUACGCAAAACAUUUAAUAUUAAAAAUGAUUUUACUGCAGCUGAAGAAGAACAGGUGCGAAAGGAGAACGAGUGGUGUGAAGAGAAGUAAAUAAUAUUAGUACAGUAUUUCUUUAGAAAUCCUAUGGCAAUUAAAUUUUAAGUAAGUGUUUAAACCAAUAAAAGUAAUUAAAACAUU